UAAUAUAUGUUAUAAACUAGAAAGUUUAAUUUCAUAUGGAAUAUUAAGACCAUACGAAAUCGAAGAAUUUAAAUUAGGAGAACGUUUAAGUGAACUUAUUCACAAUGAAAACCAAGAAGAUGUGGCUUUGCAUGCUUUGAACCAAAUCUGUACCAAAUAUUGGGAUCCCUUUGACGAAAGACAUAAAGAUCGGCCGAUAACAAUUUUUGAAAAUGUAAUAAAGAAUUUUAAGAGUUGGCAUCCGCCGAUUUCUUUGAUAAAUAAUUCACGUUGCGCAUGGAUAAAUCAUGCCACAAUAACUCCAACAAAUAUUUACUAUGAUGGACCUCAUUACGAAUCAUCGAAUCGUAUAUUACGUUUAUACAAGGAUAAGAUCGAUUAUUUUUUGCGAGUCACUUUCAGAGAAGAAAAUUUUGAAAGGCUAUUUGUUAACAAGGACGAAGAUGUCGAUAUAAUCGAACAGCGAAUUAUGGCUAUUAAAAAUAAAGGAUUUAAAUUGGCUGGGAGACAUUAUGAAUUUUUAGCCUUCUCUUCAUCUCAGUUAAAAGAGACAUCUUGCUGGUUCGUUGCUUCAAAUGGUGAUUUUAAUGCCAAUUUUAUUCGAGCUAAUAUGGGGGAAUUUGAAAAAAUUGAGAAUCCCGCAUUAUAUGCAGCCCGUAUGGGUCAGUGCUUCACAAGCACGAUGGGGGUACUGGAACUUAAUCGCGAACAAAUUAAACCACUUGAUGAAAUUGUAAAGAAUGAUUUUAAAUUUAGUGACGGAUGUGGGAAAAUAUCCCCUGGCUUAGCAGAACUUGCGGCGAAAGAAUACUGGGGAACCAAAAACACAAAAGAUAAAGAAAUCCCUACGGUUUUCCAAAUACGAUUAGGUGGAUGUAAGGGAGUUGUAGCUGUUGACCCGAAUCUCAAAGAAGAGGGUAACGUUUUAUACAUACGCCCUAGUCAAAAAAAAUUUGAAGCGCCUUCUUUAAAUUUAGAAAUCGUAAGAACGGUAAAAAGCCCAUUGCCCGGGCACUUGAAUCGUCAAAUAGUAUUAUUGUUAUCAACACUUGGUGUUAAAGAUGAAGUGUUUAUUACCCUUCAAGAAGAAAUGCUUGCGGAUAUUAAUUUGAUGAUGACAAACGAGGAUAAGGCCUGUCAAAUUGUCAAGCGUAGUACAGGAACACGAGAAUGUUCUCAUAUUACACGUUCAAUUAUUAGUAUGAUCAAUGCGGGAUUGAUGAGGAAGAAUGAUUUAUUUUUGAAUGCUUUUUUGGAAUGCAAGCGUAUUUUUACACUGAAGUUGCUACGAAGCAAAGCGCGAAUUUUGGUACCUGAUUCAUUUCUUUUGAUCGGCGUUAUUGACGAAACCGGUAUAUUAGAAGAGAAUGAAAUCUAUGUUCAAACAUCCACCAUAGUUUCCGAGUAUCAAACUUUCGAUACAGCUCAUGAAAAAAUUCAGAGGGAGCAAAAAAUCUGGAAAGGCCCAGCUGUUAUCACAAGGAACCCAUGUUUGCAUCCCGGCGAUCUCAGAAAAGUUGUCGCAGUAGAGGUUCCUGAAUUGUCACACUUAAAAAAUUGUGUCGUUUUUAGCCAAAAAGGAUAUAAACCACUACCAAACCUUCUAUCUGGAGGCGAUUUAGAUGGAGAUGAAUUUUUCGUUUCUUUUGAUAAAAGAAUUUUAAUAACCGAGAACAUGGAACCUAUGAAUUAUGAUCCUCCGGAAAAAAAAAUUUUGGGUAGACCGGUCGAAAUCACUGAUAUAUGCGAAUUUUUUAAAGAUUUUAUGCUUAAUAAUAGACUUGGUCAAAUUAGCAAUCUUCAUGUGGCCUUUGCAGAUAGUGAAGAAGAAGGUGUUAACUUUAUUGGGUGUAAAAUUUUAGCGGCUUUGCACUCUAAAGCAGUCGAUUUUAGUAAAACUGGGAUUCCAGUAACUGAAACUUUACCUAAUAUUGAAGAAUAUCCAGACUUUAUGGAAAAAGAUCAUAAGAAAUCUUAUAAAUCCGAAAAAAUACUCGGCAAAUUGUACCGAAACAUUCAUCUUGACAAAUCCGAGAAUGUUUCUUUGUUAAACUAUGAUGUAGAGAAUAUAAUUUUAAAUGAAGAGUUUUUAUUUGACGGAUAUGAACAAUAUGUGGAAGAAGCUAUGAUUUACCGUGAAUAUUACAACAAUGAAAUUAGACAUUUAAUGAAAAAAUACAAAGUGAAAACUGAAGCUGAAAUUAUAGCAGCACAAUUAUUAGGAAGACAGGUAGAGGGUAGGAAGAGCCAAGAUAUAAGAGAAUCGAUUAGUGGAACCGUAUCAUUUAUUAUUUACUAUUGUCGUAAACAAUUCUUAAUGGGACUAGGAGGGCAAGAUACAAAUGAUGACGGUGAUAUGGAUGAUGUUACACCGUUUAGUUUACAUGUGACCAUACCAAUAAAUGAUGAAACAAAAGCAAAAGCUUCAGCCUGGUAUUAUGUCACGUAUAACCAAGAAGAAUAUCCAGAUCAAGGUGAAAACAUUUUAUUAAGUUUUCCAUGGGUAGUGGCGGAUAUAUUAUUAGCAAUUAUUCAUUAAUUCUAUUAAUUUUGCUGAUAACUUUAAUGUAUACUUGUAUAUUUAGUUAAUGUAAUUUAUAGAAUCAUCUAUUUAAUUAUUUAUUCUUCUG